AUGGCACAACCUAUUCCUAUCGGAGGCGCACGCUCAAAUGGAUAUGCCGAUGAAUCAACAUCCCCAACUUCCUCUGUUGUACCUUCUUCCUUUGUUGCUCACUCAUUUUCAAAGUCCUACGCUGGAAGCCCGGCCCAGUUCAAUCGUACUCCUGCCAAAGUAUUACGCCCAUUCGCUACUACAGACUUCAAGAUCUUGCUCUUGGAAAACGUCAAUGAAACUGCUGUAGACUUGCUCAAAGCUCAAGGAUACCAGGUCGAAUUCCACACAAAAUCAUUGUCUCCUGAAUUAUUAAAGGAAAAGAUUCGAGAUGUCCACGUCAUUGGUAUUCGUAGCAAGACAAAUUUGACUGCUGAAAUCCUAAAGGAAGCCAAACGAUUACGUGUUAUUGGAUGUUUCUGCAUUGGUACCAACCAAGUAGAUUUGGAAUAUGCUGCAAAAGCCGGUAUUGCUGUCUUCAACUCUCCGUUCAGUAACUCUCGUAGUGUUGCUGAAAUGGUCUUGUCUGAAGUCAUCGCAUUGUCCCGACAAUUGGGCGACAGAAAUAAUGAAAUGCACCAAGGAAACUGGAACAAGGUCUCUGCCAACUGCUAUGAAAUCCGUGGCAAGACCUUGGGUAUUGUCGGUUAUGGUCAUAUCGGCUCCCAACUAUCUGUGUUAGCAGACGCAUUCGGAAUGUCAGUCAUCUUCUUUGACGUCAUGCAAAUGAUGCCAUUGGGUACGGCUCGUCCACAAGCGUCACUAGACGACUUGCUCAAACAAGCCGACUUUAUCACUCUCCAUGUACCCGAAACUCCCGACACUGCAAACAUGAUUUCAUCCAGGGAAUUAGCAAUCAUGAAGAAGGGAAGCUACUUGAUAAAUGCUUCUCGUGGUACCGUAGUAGAUAUCCAGGCUCUAGCUUCUGCUCUCAAAUCAGGUCAUUUGGGUGGUGCUGCUGUAGAUGUAUAUCCAACAGAACCUUUCGCAAACGGUAAAGGCUUUGUCACUGAACUACAAGGAUGUCCCAACACUAUCUUGACUCCACAUAUUGGUGGAUCUACUGAAGAAGCACAAUCGGCUAUUGGUGUAGAAGUCGCCAAUGCAUUGAUCAGAUAUGUAAACAGUGGCACUAGUUUGGGAGCAGUCAACUUCCCUGAAGUCGACUUGCGUGUACCAUUCGCUGAUUCUCACACUGUGAGAGUGGUUAACUGUCAUCAAAACGUUCCUGGUGUCUUGAGACAAAUGACCAAGAUUCUCUCUGAAUUCAACAUUGAGAAGCAAAUCUGUGAUAGCAAGGGUCCAAUUGCUUACUUCAUGGCCGACAUCACCGCUGAUUUAACACACGAUGAGAUGCAAAAACUCUACUCGGAUAUAAACAAGGUGCCUGAAUCCAUCUGGGUCCGUAUUGUCUACUAG